AUGGUUGAAACCUCCGCAACAGUGGCGGCCGGAGAGGUGACUGCAGAUGCAUCAACGCCGACGCUAUCCACGGCCGCUGAGGCCCCGCGCGCGCAACCGCCGUCAGGGCCCUUCCCCUUCCCUAUAACCCCACCACAGUCGCCAAGGCCCGAGAGCGACUCCAAGGUCUCGGUUGAUACCGCAGCUUCUCGACGUUCCCCUCGUUCACAUCAACAGUACUUGGAUUCGUUGCAGCCGCCGUCCGAUACGGACUUUGUGCGCCUCGCCAAGGUCCAGGAGGAUCGGGAGAAAGAACACAGGCGACGCAACCGCCAUCUCCAAGAUCGAUCCGUACACCUCGCCUCCGAGUUCAUGGAGGCAAGGCAUGAUUUCGCUGUCGCGCAACGAGAUCACCACCUUCACGCUUCGGUUGACCAUGCACAGACGGAUAGUAGCGACACGACAAUGGCGGCCGAAAGUGCGGAUGGUGAUCGCGAGAGCGUCAAAUCCAAGGCUGCCACUCUGAUUCAGCGCAGCUAUCGUGGCUACCGCGUGCGCCGGGAGAUGAAGGGCCUGGGCAUCGACGCCGGCACAAGGUGGACACAUGCGAUUAGAGACGCACAGUGGAAGCAGCUUACCACGCCCCGGUCUCGUGGCAACAGCUUGCUCAGCCCUGCAAAUGCCGGCGCAGAGGAGGAAGGCCAUAGUCAUGGGGCGCGGCCAAGAUCCAGUACAUCUGCAGCAAGGUUGAAGUGGAAGAAAGCGGCAACGAUAGCAAUGAGAGCGGGCGGUGACCAAGACUCGUCUCACUCGGAUGAUGACUCUGAGUCGUCCUCAGAGGAGGAACUCGCCGACGACCCCGGAAUGACGCCGGAGCAAAGAGAGGCUGCCAGAAGAAGGAGAGAUUCCAUGAACAUGAAGCGGAGGAAGAAGGCCAAAAUGAUGGGUUUGCAGUAUUUUCUCGAAAUGGUGGAUCUGAAGCACAGAUAUGGCUCGAACCUCCGGCAAUACCAUGAGGAGUGGAAGAAAGCAGACACCAACGAGAAUUUCUUCUACUGGCUUGAUUAUGGCGAGGGCAAGAACCUGGAGCUCGACACGUGCCCAAGAGAGCGGCUCGAGAGAGAACAAGUACGGUACCUAAGCCGGGAGGAGAGGCAGCACUAUUUGGUCACAGUAGACUCUGAGGGGCGGCUGUGCUGGGCCAAGAACGGCAUCCGUAUCGACACAACGGAGGAGUGGAAGGACAGUAUCAAGGGCAUUGUUCCCGUCAAUGAUAGUACACCAGCAUUCGCUCCCUCCGUUGAGGCUCAUUCGCAAUCACGUUCCCAGGAUCAAGAUGGCUUGGAUUCAGAUUCAGACUCAGACGCAUCUGAAUCCGAAUUAGAGGCAGCGAGGGCCGCAAAGUAUGCCACACCCACGCUGGACGAUGCGAAGGGGCUCAAGAAGGUUAAGCAUGUCUCAGCAGCUACUAUCUUCAACAAGCUUUUGCGCAAGUCUGUUCGCAAGAACACGUGGAUAUUUGUAGCCGACACAAGCUUCCGUCUGUACGUCGGCAUCAAGGCGAGCGGUUCAUUCCAGCAUUCUUCGUUCCUGCAAGGCUCGAGGAUCUCCGCAGCCGGGCUGAUCAAGAUCAAGAAUGGGCGGCUCUCCAGCCUCUCCCCUCUAUCUGGUCACUACCGACCUCCUGCGUCCAACUUCCGGGCAUUCGUCCACUCGCUUAAGGACGAGGGUGUGGAUAUGAGCCAUGUCAGCAUUUCGAAGAGUUACGCGGUCCUCGUUGGGCUCGAAACUUAUAUCAAGACUCGAAAGAAGGGCAAAGAGGCGCUGAUGAAGAUGACGCAUCGCAAGGAGAAACUCCUGGACCCCGAGCAGGCAAGAAAGCGCGAAGAGGCAGAAAAGGACAAGAGCGAGAGCGCCGAGCUCGAGCGACGUCUGCUAGAAAAGGAGUCGCAAGAACGUGAUGGGAAUCGGGUCAGGAUUAGAUUCAUGCAGCGACUUGGCUUGAAACCACGCGAACCUCCAGUACAGAAAAACGAGAAGGUCUGA